AUGUAUCAUAGAUUCAUCAGACUAUUUUUAAUAGCUGCUAUUUGGGUACCGUAUGUAAUUUCUUACUACGAAUGUAAUCAACGAUCAGUCCCAUGUGGUUGUGGCUUUAAAAAUGUUGAGAUGAAUGCGCAUAUUGUUAGCGAUAAGAAUGCAGUUCCAGACAGUUGGCCAAUGAUUGUAUCACUUAGAUAUGAUUGUCUUGGUAAUGGGAAUGUUGCGACUCAUUGUUGUAGUGGUACUAUUCUAAGUGAUUCUUAUAUACUUACAGCUGCUCAUUGUGUUGAACGGAUACAUGCAUCUAUUCUCUUAGCAGGUAAUGUCACUAUUGCUACUGGUAUUUAUAGUCAAUCCAAACAAUUUCAAACAAUUAGAAAGGUUGACCAAAUUGUUAUUCAUCCUAAUUGGACAAGACUUGUGAAUGGAUUGAGAGACGAUAUUGCCAUACUUCACUUAGCUGAGCCAUUUGAUUUUACCACAAAUUUAUUAAUUGGUCGAACAUGUUUGCCACCACAAUUGAAUUCCACAAAUGAUAUCGUGAAAUAUCCACCAUCGAAUAUUUCUUUAGUUAUGAUUGGAUUCAACUUUAAUGAAAAUUCGAAUUAUACAGCAAGUGAUAUAAUACAACAGACAACUCUUUUAUCAAUUUAUCAUGAUCAUUCAACAUGUGCCAAAUCAAUCAAUCAUAUUGAAACACAAUUCUGCGCAGAAGUAUAUAAAGAUUACAAAAGUGCAUGUAUCGGCGAUUCUGGUGUUCCAAUCCUUCGUUGGAUUGGCGAUCGUUGGGAGCAAGUUGGUAUUUUUUCAUAUAGUACGGAUAGUUGUGCAGCAGCUAAUUAUCAAAUUGUUUUUACACGAAUGGCUGCUUUCUACGAAUGGAUCGAAAGAGUUAUAAAUCGAAUGAACUAUACAGCUUCAACAACAUCCGUCACAAGAAUAACAACAGCAACCAUCAAUCGUCCAUCAAAUAUUUAUAUAUGUAAUAAAAAUAAUGUUUCAUGCGGAUGUGGUUUUACAAACGUUGCAUUGACACCUUCGAGAAUUGUCGGUGGCGAAGAAGCAAUUCCAUAUAGUUGGUCAAUGGUUGUAUCACUUCGAUAUGAUUGUCUUAAGAAUCGUAAUAUGACAACUCAUUGUUGUGGUGGAAGUAUUCUAAACGAGUAUUAUAUUCUUACGGCUGCUCAUUGUGUUGAUAAAAUAAAUCAAUCGUCAAUAUUGUCACAAAAUAUAACUAUUGCUGCUGGAAUUCAUAAUCUAACUGAAAACAAUCAAAUAAUUCGACGAGUCGAUCGAAUUUUUAUUCAUUCUGAUUAUACAGGACCAGUACAUUGGUUUAAAAAUGAUAUUGCUAUACUUCAUUUGACUGAACCUCUCGAUCUUGAUACAAAUCCACGUAUUACUCGAACUUGUCGUCCACCUCGAAUGAGCACUCAACAAGAUGCUAGAGAAUAUCCUUCAAAUGGAUCCAUGUUGGCUGUUAUCGGUUGGGGUCUUCUAAAUAGACCAUUCAAUGUGAAACCUCAAGUCUUGCAGCAAUUACAUAUUUAUGCAAUUCAUCACAUACAUCCUACAUGUGCACAAUAUAUAAGUGAUAUCGAUGUACAAUUUUGUGCCGGAGUGUAUGAAGGCAGUAAAGGUCCAUGCAAUGGUGAUUCGGGUGGACCUGUCUUGCAAUGGCUAGAUGACCAUUGGGAACAAGUUGGAAUAGCUUCUUAUGUAGUGAGGGGUUGCGCAGCAGUUGGUCAUCCAAGCGUUUAUACCAGACUUACUUAUUUUCACGAUUGGAUCGAAUGGAUCAUGAAUCCAAGCAAUUAUACAACAACUACUACAACAGUUGCCUACCGUCCACCAAUCUUCUACAGGUGUAAUAGCAAUGCAUCAUGUGGAUGUGGUGCAACAAGCGUGGUUUUCAGACCGUCAAGAAUAAUCGGUGGCAAUACAGCAUUUCCAUUCAGUUGGUCAAUGAUAGUAUCAAUUCGAUACAACUGUUAUCAUGAUGGAAAUUUUAAUGCUCAUUGUUGUGGUGGUACUAUUUUAAAUGAAUAUUAUAUUCUUACGGCUGCACAUUGUGUUGAUAACUUCAAUCCAUCGUCAAUAUUGUCACAAAAUAUAACUAUUGCUGCUGGAAUUCAUAAUCUAACAUCAAGUACCCCAAUAAUUCGACGUGUGGAUCAAAUUUUCAUCCAUCCUGAAUAUGCAGGACAACCACAAUUGUAUAAAAAUGAUAUUGCUAUUCUUCACUUAAAUGAACCACUUAAUAUUGAUACACAUCCAUUAGUUAAACGAACCUGUCGACCACCUCGAAUCAAUUCACCAGAAGAUAUAAUGAAAUAUCCGUCAAAUGGAUCCAUGUUAGUUACAAUCGGUUGGGGUGCUGCAAAUAAGCCUGCUAACAUAAAACCUGAAGUACUACAACAGUUGAGUAUCUAUGCAAUUCAUCACAAUGAUUCAACAUGUGCAAGAUCUAUCGGACAUGUUAAUGUACAAUUUUGUGGAGGAUUGUAUGAAGGUGGAAUAUGUUAUGGUGAUUCCGGUGGUCCAAUUUUCCAGUGGUUAAGUGAUCGUUGGGAACAAGUAGGCAUUUCCUCUUAUGUGAUGAAUGGAUGCGCAUCUGUAGGUUAUCAAAGUGUAUUCACGAGGCUUGCUGCUUUUUACGAUUGGAUCGAAGAAAUUGUAAAUCAAAUGAACAUAACAAUAUCAACUUCUGCCAAAACCACUACUACACCUUCUACCAGUAGUACUACUAAAUCGCCAGUUUUGUUUGCAUGUAAUAGAUCUGCUCCAUGUGGUUGUGGAUACAAUGAUGUGUUUUUGACGCCUUCACGCAUUGUAGGCGGAGAAAAUGCUAUCGAUCAUAGUUGGUCAAUGAUCAUUUCACUUCGUUAUGGCAUACUUAGGCAACAUCGAUGUGGUGGAACCAUUCUUUCAUCUUCAUAUAUUCUUACCGCAGCUCACUGCGUAUGGGGAGUUCCACAAAAUACUUUGACUGUGUCAGCAGGUAUAACAAAUCGAUCGGACUCAACUGCUCAAGUACGAAAUGUCUCUCGUAUAUAUAUACAUCCAAAUUAUACUCACUUAAGCCAAAAUUUUCUUAAUGACAUUGCUUUGUUGCACAUUGACCAUCCGUUUAUAUUUCAAAACAAUCAAAAAUUGGCUAAAACGUGUGUGAAUCGUGUCUAUCCACCAGUUUCUAUUAAUCAAUAUCCAAAGAAUGGUACACAUCUUGCUGUUAUUGGAUGGGGUACGAUGAAAGAAGAAAGUUCCCAAUCACCAGACCAUCUUCAGCAAGUUCAAAUUUAUGCAAUAGACAAUCAUCAUUCAGCAUGUAAUGGUUCAAUCAAUGAUAUUAACAUGCAAUUCUGUGCCGGAUUAUAUGAAGGAGGAAAAGGUGAGUGA